CGCGGGAGAGCUCGAUCGACUCGAUCGAAGGUGGAGUGAGGCUAAAUCGUUCGGUAGACCUGCGGAUGAACCUCUCGGAUUCUCGCCACGAUUUUUCGCGUUGAAGUUUCGAUCAUCGUGUACCUUUUCGGCCGUAUGUUUCCUCGCGACGGAAUUUCGUCAACCCUGUCAAACUAUCCGCGACCGUACGACCACGUGGCUAGUGAUAAUAGCGUGGUGCAUCGUGGGUACAUCGUGUUUUUUUUUCGGUAUCGCGCUUGUGACAACCACAUCCGUUUACUUUGCAGUCGAUUGCAGUCGUGAUAAGUGCACCUUCCUGUCAAUCGUCAAACUCCUGACUGUCACAUUUUGAAGGAAAUAUUGGAGAUGCUCGAUUGGCUACGUAGCAUGUGUACAUUGCGGAACAACGUUGUUUGUUAAUAGAGCAUGCAAUCAGCGUAAUGAAUGGGUCAUGGCUGUGAAAGAAUGGUUCAGAAGGCUGCAGCCGGUCCAGUUGUACCUGGUCCUGUUCUUCACUACCGCUUUCUUUCUCAUCGAGAUGAUCGCCAGCCAUGUGACUCACUCACUGACAUUACUUCUCAAUGCCUAUCACAUGCUGUGCAACAUCAUCGCACUUGUCGGCUGCAUCGCGUCCAUCAAGUAUAGUCAUCGUCAAAGCGGCAACAGUCACAGUGGGAACAGUACUCCCAGUUCUUUGCAGAAUUCGGUAAUUUGCAUAAGUGGCGAUGAACGAGGUUCCUCGACGUCUCUGCCGACAAAAAAUAAGCAAUCACGAUCGGACAGGCGGAUGAAGAAUACUUUCGGCUGGGCGAGGAUAGAUAUCGUCACGAUGCUUGUUUGCUGCGUUUUCCUUGCGUCUUUCUGCUUUUCUUUGUUGGUGGAAGCUUUGCAGACCCUGGUGCAUAUAGAUCACAUGGAUGAAAUGCACCAUCCGAUGCCUGUUCUUACAAUUGGAGCGUGUGGCAUUCUCCUUAAUUCCUUUUGUUACAUAUUGAUUGGAGGAUAUACCUUCAACCAGGGUAUCGUUCUGCACGUUACGAUGAACGGGGACGUAAUAUUACGAAGGAAUGUCGGUUCGCAGGAAGUGAAGGAAGGUGAACAACAGUUAUCUUCGCAAACCAGACGAAGUCCUCUGGGUAUACCAAAGAGUCAGGGUUUUCGAGAAACAUGUCGUGACGCUUUGGGCUGUGUUUUCGUAAUCUUGGUGUCCCUUUUAGUAUAUUUCACCGAUUCUGGCGUGGCCAAAUACAUCGAUCCUCUUUUCGCCAUUAUUUCUUCCAUUUCCCUCUUUGCGCUUAGCUACUCGUAUAUGAAAGAAUCUGGUCUCAUACUACUCCAAACCAUUCCUAACCAUAUAAACAUCGAUUCUCUUAAGAGGGAAUUACUAGAGGCAUUCCCGGGUAUUGUUAACGUUCAUGACUUACACGUGUGGCAAUUAACUGGACAAAAGAUAAUCUCCACUGUUCACAUCAUAUUCUUGGACCCAACGGUUUACGCGAGUAUUAGUGACCAAGUAACAGCCUUUUUCAUAGAAAUGGGAAUUACUCAAGUUACUAUACAGCCGGAAUUUCACAAGAUGAGGCCAAACAUGGAAAAAACCGGUUGCCUGAUUCGUUGCCAUGACGAAUACUGUAGCUCGUCUCAAUGUUGCUCCAAAGAAAAAUCCAUCGAGGAUUCGUGUUCAGAUUCGUCGUUUAAGAAACAAGCGCAAUCCAUAAAUAAGAAAUUCGACAAGAAGGAAAUUAUCCCCGCCUCGACAGCGAUCGAUCUUAAGAGUUUCACUGUCUACGACGAGGAAGGUUGUUCACAGUCGUUCCAAUCGAUCGAAAAUCUUUCUGACGGAAAUUCCUGUCAGCAGAAAGCCGAGCAAACACGAAGUAACAAAGAUAAUACCACAGACAGUGGCCUGUACGCGAUAAGCGUGGACGUUAACGAUGGAAAUUAUUCUUUGUGUGCAAGUCAUGAUGAAUCUAAAUCAGAGAUUGCAUCUUAACGUUGAAAUUUGAAUGAGCUCAAACGACAAGUUACUAAAGCGUUUUUAAUUGUAUUUUUUUUAUUACAAAUGAAAUUUCAUUCGACCGAAACGAAACUCGAAAGCAAACUCGAAACAAUUGACACACAGGGAUACACAAAGUUGAAGACUUAGCUAACAAGUAUAUUUUUAUUUGUCCCGAGGAAUUUUUAGAAGGAAAAGCUUUUUCGAAUCUUUAUUACUGGAAACAAAAUUAAUUAAUAUAUUGCAGAUUUAUCGACGCCACCAUAAUGAUGCCAAUGGGAUGCAAAGAGUUAAUUGUCGACUCUCAAUGUUUAGUUUCAUUGUUGCGAUAUUUAUUGUUUUGUUCUUGUAUAUUGACGUCUAAGAAUUGAGUGACCGGUAUAGAAGAAUUGUUCACGGUUGAUGAACUAUUUUAAAAGUUCUCCAAAAUGUGUAUGUAUGUUUCAAUUGUCUUUAAAUAGCCUAUUUUAACGUAAUUUGAC